AUGAAUAACAAGCCAAAAUCAUCUCAGGUAUUUGAGACAGAUAUUCUCCCAACGCUGCUUGGCCAUUUCUGGGACCCCCUCUGCUUUCGGAUAGAGUGUGCUCGAUGUCUCAAUGAAGUCGGCUGUUUGAAAAUCGGUGACGAUCCCGAUUCCGGAAAAUACGAACCCACCCUGUUGCAGUGCUUCGCUGCCGUCGUUAAUAAACUGCAUAGUAUCCCAGUAGAAGUAUUCCAGAGCUUUGAAGGUCUUCGUGGACAAAAUAGGAUAUUCUGGGAAGUGUUCAUGAACCAGUUAUCACUACUUCUCACAAACUUCAUCCGCUACAAUAUGAAGGCAGUAGUCGGAGCAUACGAGAUUACAGGUCCGGCCCUCGCCACGUUGGCGAAAAUCUCGGCCUUACCAAACGAUGAGAUAUUCAAGAUAUGUGUAGAGUUCUGGCAGAUGUUCGCUGCUCAACUAUAUCUCGAUCGAGAGAAGGCCCGGAAGGAGCAGAGUCAGAAGCAGAAUAUGGGUGGAGGCCAACAGCAGCAGCCACCACUCAUGCUAAGCUUGAGCGGGUCUACUGAUAUGUCAGUCGAUGUUAAAGCUACUGGUGGUGGCCAUGAAGAGGAGCUCAUCGCUAAGUAUCAGCCAAUACUCGAUAACGUUCGGCGAGUGAUGAUCAUGAGAAUGGCGAAGCCUCCCGAGGUGACCAUCAAGGAGAACGAGGAUGGCGAGAUUGUGCGAGAAGGAGAAGUGGAUACGGAUGAGUUAGCUAUGUAUCGUAUGAUGCGAGAGUGUCUCAUUUAUCUUACACAUUUGGAUCCUAGCAACAUGGUUAAUAUCAUGAUGGAUAUCCUCAGCGAGUUAGCCUCUCCCUCAGACUGGAACUGCGGUUUGCUCAGUCGUCUUUGUUGGUCGGUGGGAUCGAUAUCGGGGGCGAUGCCGGAAAAUGACGAGAAAAGGUUCAUCGUCAACGUUAUCAGGGAUUUGCUCACUCUCUGCGAAGUGAAGAGGGGAGUUGAGAACAAAGCCAUGGUGGCGUCCUGUCUGAU